AUGAGUUCAGAGGAAAUCAGAUUGAACGAGGUUCUCUCCGAUCCUCAAGCUCCAGGGAACCCAAUUGCUGAAUCCAUCAAAACCAAAAUACCAAUGGGUUGCAGAGGCAGCAACAAGAAGGAUCGUAGUCGCUCCAAAGUUGAGGGGCGUGACCGUCGUGUCCGUUUGCCGAAAUUAUGCGCUGCUCGCGUCUUCCAGCUUACACGCGAGCUGGGAAACAAGAAUCACGGACAGACCAUUGAGUGGCUCUUGCGUCAGGCGGAGCCGUCCAUUAUCACCGCCACUGGUGGUGGCGGCGUCUCAUCGUCCACAUCCACAUUGGCUUCGUCGGACUCGGUUGCUGCUGAACCACACAGCGAGGGCAAAGCUGCUGGGGAAGGGACAGAUUUCGUCGCGGAAGGUGAAGAGCAAGCUCUGCCACCGCUGGAGUUAGAUUUCUGGACAGGCUUAGACAUGGAGUUUUAUGGUAAUGAGAUUUCAAUGCUCCAUUAA